UGUCCUCUCUCUCUCUCUCUUUCGUUUUUUCUCUCAUUUAACGGUAGGGUUUUUCAGUUCACAAGUGGAGGAAGCAAUCAAGAAGCCUUACACGAUGUGUGUGUCGACCUUUCGGUUAUAUUGCAAGGGGUUGGUGUGUGAAGAGGUGAUUAGGGAUGAGAGUAAGCAGAUCGGUGGUUUUGGUGUGGCCAUCUGUGACCCAGAGGAUAACCGACUAUUUGAGAUGAAGAAAGUUCUGGGAGGUGAAGAGUCCACACACCAGCUAGUUGCGGAAUUGGCUGCCAUAAUUCAUGCUUUGAAUUGGGCGUUGGAGCUUGAUCUGGGAAGUGUCACGUUCUUCUGUGAUGAUUCCAAUAUCUUAGAAUACGUGACAGGUAAAGCUGAACCAAACGAGUCCACGACCACUAUAGCAACACUUGUCAAGGAAGUGUCUCUUCUUCAGAGCAGAUUCUCGUUUUGCGAAGCACUUCCUGUGAGCAGGGACAUCACUUUUGUCCUUGAGCAUGCCAGAGCUGCUAUAGCUUCCCAAAUCAGAUGGCGUGAAGGUGACGUCUACAUGGAGACUUGUCCAUUAUGCUAUGAACACGUUCCAUCUGAUGAGAAGUUUGAGGUACCUGGUUGUUUCCACCGCUUCUGCGUUGAUUGCAUUAAGAAACAAGUCGAAGUGGCACUAGAAUUGGUGAAACCAGUAAACUGCCCAAGCUUGGGUUGCAACUCAGAACUACAGAGAGAGGAUUGUGAAGGUCUUUUGGAACCUAAGCAGCUUGAUCUUAUGACCAAACACAAGAAGGCGAGCAUGAUCAAAGGUUCGAGAGAGUAUAUAUAUUGUCCCACAUGUGACAAUGUAAUGGCAAAGCCCAACCUCAUUGAAUACACAAAAUCGUUCUUCGUUGAUGCUGAGCUGUCAGGAGUCAGAAAGUGCACGGAGUGUGGGUAUUGUUUCUGCGGAAAAUGCAAAGCAGGAUGGCACUAUGGCAUGACAUGUGAUGAAUUCGUUAAAUCAGAGUCUAUUGAGACAUCUCCUGAGGCUGAGGAAUGUUACGAAGCUUUGGCUAAGAGUCUUGGAUGGAAGAGAUGCGGAAAUUGCAAGUUGAUGAUUGCACAUGAUGGAGGUUGCAACCGUAUAAUCUGCAGGUACACUCUCUUUUUUUUUUUUUUUUUCACCCAUCUGUUGAAUAUUGAAAUAGAAUGUUUACAAAUUACAAUCAAGGGAGAAACCAACUUUGAACCAUAAGAGAAACAAAUGACAUUUCCAAUCCUACACCUAG